CCAGGAAAGUGGAAGUGGUACAAGUUGACAUUCGAUUCCCUAACCAAUCACAUAGUCUGACCAUAGCGUGUAUCUGAUUGGGAGGGGGAUGACUACAGUAUAUAUUGACCAUGGAGGGAUAUACAGUGAAGAAGGCAUUGAAAGAAGGAGAGAAAGAACCAAAGCUCUACUACUACCGCUCACUGGUAGUUCAAGAAAGCAGCAAGACAACAACACAAAAACAACAUGAAGUCUCUGACUCUCCUGACCAUUUGUGCCGUUCUGUCGGUCUCUCUGUCCAUGAACGAUCUGGCUCUUGAUGUGGUUCUCGAUCCUGCUCCUGACCCUGCCACUGAACCAGCACCAGCCGCAGACUCCUCCGCGUCUUCAUCAGCUUCCUCCUCUUCCUCCUCGGCUUCCGACUCAUCAGCCUCUGCCUCAGACUCCUCGGACUCGGACUCUUCCUCAGCCUCUUCCUCAUCUUCUUCUUCAGAGUCAGCUAGUGCUGAAGUUACGACAGAGGACCCAGCUGCAGCUACAGAGCCAGAAGUGGUGAUUAUGAAGAGAGACCUGGCCUCAGUUUUGCUGAGGAGGAAGAGGGCGGCUGGACAAGCAGCUGCUGCCUUCACCCUCACCCAGGUGGAGAGUCUGAGUGAGGUGUGCGAGCUCAACCUGGCCUGUGAGCACAUGGCGGAGACAGCUGGCAUCGUUGCAGCAUACACCGCAUACUAUGGACCACCUCCCUUCUAAACAGACUCUUUACCAUGCAACCUGGAGAGAGAGAAAAUACUCUCUGCCAUUUCAUCAUCAUGAAGCUACAUUCUUGAGAAGGGAUCAACCACUCCCAACAGUGUCCUAAUAAGGGCAUAGAAAACAAACACAAACAGGUUUCGUCCACGUUUUAGGGAGCAAGACCAGCCACAAGUGAAAUUGGUAGCUACAGUACUCGUAAUGCCGGCUGUAACUAUAUGUUUUGGGUAAUGUAAGAAAAGGCAUGUCUGAUCCAAGCUUUUGUAAUAUUGAGGAGAAGCUAGAGGCAUAUAGGAACUGAGUCCUGUGGUUAUAGGGGCCUGCUAAUGUAAAUUGCUCAACACAAUAUCACAAAGAAUGGUGCUAAAACCGCAAAUGUAUUGUAUCAUAAAUGUAUUAAUCUUUAUCCGUUUUGUAGUAUUAGGUAGGCUAAAGCGCACAUUAUUAUUUAUCUGCAAUGUAUUAUCACCAUACAUUUUAAAUUAUUGCUUCCUGUUCGUAGUGUAACUAUUGCUGAUAGUCAAUACUGUCAUAGAUUUGUAUUGAUUGUUAUCAUCACUAAAUCAAUCUUCUAAGGAGGGGUUUAGAAAGAGUGAGGACACCACAGUUUGUAUGCAAACUCAAACCUUGUUGAUGCCACUUUGACUACUGUCUUGCACAUAAGUGCUGAAUAAAGUGGAGAACAUUUUAAUA